GGGAGAGCACUUCCGGCGCAGCGGAAUUCCGGGUGCGGCGAGAUUGCUGGCUGACCUGCCGUGUUGUCGUGGAGGGGGGCCCCAUGAGUACGGCGCCCCUGGUGGGCUACAGCAGCAGUGGCUCCGAGGAUGAGGCCGAGGCCGAAGCCAAAGCCGGGACCCGGCCCCGGCCGGGGGCUCGAGGCCGCAGUCGGGGCCAGAGCCCUCUUUCCAGCCAGAGGUUGCCAGUACCUGAGAGCGUGCUGCACAUGUUCCCGGGCACGGAGGAGGGGCCUGCAGAUGACAGUGCAAAACAUGGGGGCCGGGUGCGCACAUUCCCCCACGAGCGGGGCAACUGGGCCACCCAUGUCUACAUACCAUAUGAAGCCAGGGAGGAGUUCCUGGACCUGCUUGACGUCCUGCUUCCCCACGCCCAGACAUAUGUCCCCCGGCUGGUAAGGAUGGAGGCGUUCCACCUCAGCCUGUCCCAGAGUGUGGUUCUGCGCCACCACUGGAUCCUCCCCUUCGUGCAGGUGCUGAAGGACCGCGUGGCCUCCUUCCAGAGGCUGAGAGGUCAGGAAGCUGCAGAAGAAAAGUUUGCAGCGAACAGAGGUUGGCUCAUGAGGUUUAAGGAAAGAAACCAUCUCUUUAACAUAAAAGUGGUAAGUGAAGCAGCAAGUGCUGCUGUAAAUGCUACUGCAAAUUAUCCAGGCGAUCCAGCUGAGAACACGAGUGAAUGUGGCUACGCUAAACCACCCAUCUUCAUUGUAGACAAAACAGCCUUCUAUUAGAAGAGCCAUCUAGGAUGUUCAUAGCUAGAGAGAAAGAGUCAAUGCCUGGCUUCACAGUUUCAAAGCUCCAAUUCAGCUGGAGAUCCACCUAACCCGGCCCGCAUUUCCCUGGUUAUUGAGUCCUGCCGACUCUCUCAUUAGAAGCUAAUACAGCUGAUAACUUUAAGUUAAAGCCAAUGCUCAUUUGCUCUGGGGCCCUUUAGAAUCAUAACUCGGCCUGUGCUCUAUAACUGGAACAGCAAAGCCUAGAGGACAGACAGCACAUCUGUUGACGACAUGGUGUACUGAGUAUUUUAAGCCACUGAUGAGACCUACUGCUCAGAAAAAAAGAAUCCUUUCAAAAUAUCACUGCUCAUUGUCAAUGUAUCCAGUCACCCAAGAGCUCUGAUGGGGAAGUACGAGAUCCGUGUUUUUUUCAAGCUGCUAAAACAACAUCCUUGAGCCCAUGGAUCAAGGAGUAAUUUCAACUUUGGAGUGUUAUUAUUUAAGAACUACAUUUUGUUCGGCUCUGGCUGCCAAACACAGUGAUUCCUCUGAUGGAUCUGGGCAGAUCAACUGAAAACCUUCUGGAAAGGGUUCACCACUCUAGAUACCAUUAAAAACAUUUGUGAUUCAUGGGAAGAGGUCAAAAUAUGAACAUACACAGGAGUAUGGAAGAGGUUGAUUCCAACCUUCACAGUGGACUUUGAAAAGUUCAGGACCUCAGUGGAGGAAGUAACUGCAGAUGUGCUGGAAGCAGCAAGAGAACGCGGUGCCUGAACAUGUGACUGAAUUGCUAACGGAUGAGGAAUGACUUCUCAUGGCUGAGCAGAGAAAGAGGUUUCUUGAGAUGGGAUCUACUCCUGGUGAGGUGCCAUGAAGACUGUUGAAAUGAUAACAAAGGAUUUAGAAUAUUACAUAAACUUGGUUGAUAAAGCGGUAGCAGAGUUUGAGAGGAUUUUGAAACAGGUUCUACUGUGGGUAAAACGUUAUCAAAGCACAUUGCAUUACAUGCCCCAGAGUAAUUGUUCACGAAAGGAAGAGUCAAUCAAUGCGGCAGACUUCAUUGUUUGCCUUAUUCUUGUCUUAUUUGAAGAAACUGCCGCCACCACCCUAACCUUCAGCAGGCACCACCUUGACCUGUCAUUCGCCAUCUGCAUCAGGUUAGACCCCCCACCAGCAAAGAGAUUAGGACUCACUGAAGGCUCAAAUGAUGGUUAGCAUUUUUUAGCAAGAAAAUAUUUUUAAAAUAA